AUGGUCAAAGAACCGAUUACUGCGUUACAUCCUAAUUCUGCAUCUGAUGCACUGCUAGUUACGACGCUACAUGGCAAAGUGUAUCUCCUCGACCGAGCCACUGGACAGAGUCUUAAUACUUUUUCUGGUCAUGUCCAUGAAUCGUAUCGCUGCGGGGCAUGUUUCGAUGGCAGCCCUGAGACAAAGGACAGCAAAUCCACCAGUACAGGCAAACGAACAGGAGGAGGCGAGGAGACGGUCCUUUUGGGAGACGAAGAGGGCAGAGUAUGGGCCUGGGACUUAGUAAAUGCUACGGCUCUUGAUCCCAGCCCGCCACCAAAGAUGGAACUAUCGGCGUUUGGGGUAUCUGAGGAAUGUAUACAGAGAAUAGUUUCAACUAAUAAACCCGCUGGAGCACCAAAAAAGAGUCUUGAUCGAGUCUGUGACCUACCAAUUCCGUUUGCAGACACCGUGCUUCAGCCCAACCCUGCUGCCACCCUAACCUUUAUUCCUCCUACUCGUUCGCCGCCAACGACAAUGCUCCACCCAAUUCACAGAAUCACCCCAGACGACAUCAAGGGUAUCCCUUGGAGGUUUGGAUUGACCAACGAAGAACUAUAUGACGCGCUAGACGCUGAUAUAGGAUAUCAUUCUGUCGACGGAAAGCUUUUUGAUGAACUU